AUGCCUCGGUCCCACGCCUCCGUCCCGUGGGUGAAGCGGCAGGUGCUGCUGGUGCUGGCCGUUUUCUGUCUGCUCUAUGGGUUCAUCGCGGUGCAGAGGUUGACCGGGUCUCGGCAGGGGACGUGGUCGGAGCCCCUUUCCUGCAUCCCCAUCCACCACAUCGCCUUCCUCAAGACCCACAAAUGCGGGAGUUCCACCGUCCAAAACAUCCUCCUCCGCUACGGCUACGAUCGCAACCUGACCUUCGUCCUUCCGAGGGAGAUCUACCUGUCGCGGUCUCCGUUUCGACCCGAGUUCGCCCGGGCCCAGCCGGAGAAUCUUUUCGCUUCCCACUUUGACGUGUUCGCACAUCACACCGUGUGGAAUCGCGCCGGCGUCAGCGCCCUCAUGCCCCCCGACACCGUGUACAUCACCAUCCUCCGCGACCCCGUCGACGUCUUCGAGAGCCUCUACACCUACGUGAACCUCGAGGAGCUGUACAAACGCAACCUGACCGAGCUCCUCCAGUCGAGUCCCAUGCCGCCCUUCACCCUCCGCCGCGAUUCGCGUCUCGGCCCAAAUCAGAUGCUCUACGACGCCGGCCUCCCCCCGUUUCAGAUGGGCAACCGGACCGCCGUCGCCGCGAAGAUCCGCGAGAUGGACGACAACUUCCACCUUGUCAUGAUCAGCGAAGAGAUGGAGGCUUCUCUCGUCCUCAUGAAGAACCUCAUGUGCUGGGACCUCGCGGACGUGACCUCCCUCCCCCUCAACGUGCGACAAGACGCGAAAAAACUGUCGCUCGCCCCCGCCGAACGCGAGCGACUCCGUCGAUGGAUGUGGCCCGACCAGAUGCUCUACGACCAUUUCGCCGCGAAAUUCCAAGUCCUCAAGGCCGCGUACGGACUGGAACGCCUCGAGCGCGACGUGCAGGCGCUGCGAGACGCGAACUUCGACGCGAAACGGCGCUGCGGCAUCGAACGGACGAACGACGUCUCUCAUCUGCCCAAGGCGUUGGUGCCUUAUCAGCACGAGAAGAUGGAGACUUACCAUCUCCGGAGUCGACAGACGUUUUGCGUGAACCUCGUCCGGGUCGAGCCGGACUUCACGAAGAUGCUGAAGAAAUGGCAACUGCGGCGAUUCAUCUCCAAAAACGUCAUGUCUCCGAAGACGAGACUCAUCCGUCACGACCGCGAAGAGGGAAAAAAGGAAUGA